CUAUGUGAAAUUGAAUCAUAUAUACUCAUGGCACUUGCUCGAAGGCGAGGACGCUCCAUCGCGGACGGUCCGCUCCAUCUGAAAGCGCUGAUAACUUUAUUUUUCUGUGCACUUUCCUAUACAAUGUGCCGGCCUUUGGAUGAAUCUAGAGCCGCAAUAACCAGACAGUAUUUUGAUAUCAAUCCAGACGGAUCAUAUGUAUACGCUUUUCAAACGGAAAAUCAAAUAUUCGCUGAGGAACAAGGGUAUUUGAAGGAAGGAAAAUAUCAAGUUAAAGAAGGCCAAUAUCAGUAUACAGCACCCGAUGGACAAAUAAUCAGACUGGUGUAUACUGCUGAUGAGAAUGGAUUUCAUCCACAAGGAGCACAUCUUCCAGUAGGAUAGCAUACUAAACAAUCUCUCCAAUGAAAUUAAAAUGUGAUAUUAGAUAUGUAUAUUGUUCACCUCAUUUCCAUCAAAAAGACAUUAAAAAUAAAACUA